AGGAUUUGUUUGCAUAAAGAUUUUUUAGUUCUUGCCAACAGUGAGGGUGCCUUCUUACUCCUUGACAAACAUGAAACUACUUCUGCUUCCUUUUUUAGAAAUAUUUUCAUAUAUACAGAUUGUUCUUAGAUAUACUCACCUGAUACAUACAUGUUUACUUUUUCCUUUGCUUUUUCAAAUCUUCCUAUGGUAAGACUGUAGUCAUCCACCCUCCUUUCCUGGUUUCAGGUGAGGAAUUUGAACUGUGGGUAUUGCAGUUCUGCCUUUUAGGGUUCGUGGUUGGGCAGCCUGGAGCCACACCGGGAGGACUCCUAGUCCCAGGUGGCUCAGUAAGCAACUGUUCAGGCACCACAUACAGAGCAAGGCACGUUUGCAGAGAGUCUUCAGUUUUGGUAGAAUGAUUUCUAUUCACUCUGCUAAAUAAUGUUCCUGAACUGAAGAGGAUGGGGUUCCUUUCCACAACUGUGGGAUAAUGUUCACCAGUGAAAAAGCCCAUUUUGGGGCACCAAGAAUUUCACGAAGUAGAUCUGAAGGAAAUUUGUUUGACAUGGAAGUCCAAAAAUCCUCAAAAAAUUGCACUAUUACAGAACAAGAACUUCCAGACCCAAGUUUGCCUCUCAAUUGGCCAGAUGAUGUCACAUUUCAUGGGAAUAAUGCUUCCAAUGCUAUGAAUCCAUUCUGGAAUGAACUGUCUGCUUCUAACCCAUUUUUGGAUGAUAUAACUCGGCUAAGAAAUCACCACAAGAGAGAAAAUAUUUCCAUCUUGAAGGAGGAUCCUUUUCUUUUUUUUAGAGAAAUAGAAACUAGAAAUUCUUUUGAUCCCUCCGGCGAUGAACUUGAUGUGCAUCAAUUGCUUAGGCAGUCUUCCUCAAGGAAGUCUGGAAGAUCUAAAAGUGUCUCUGAACUUUUGGACAUUUUAGAUGACACAACACAUGCUCAUCAGAAUAUACAUAACUCUGACCUGAUCCUAGAACAAGACUUAGAAUGGCUUCAAAAUGAUCGAGAGGCUUAUAAAAUGGCUUGGUUAAGUCAACGCCAGCUGGCCCGCUCCUGCCUGGAUUUGAAUACAAUCAAUCAGAGUCCUGGAUGGGCCCAAACACAAGUUGCAGAGACCACAAUAGUUUGCAAAUUAAACCACCAAGGAGGGUCAGUUCAAUUACCAGAAUCAGAUAUCACUGUUCAUGUGCCCCAAGGCCAUGUAGCUGUGGGAGAAUUCCAAGAGCUAUCUCUAAGGGCUUUUCUAGAUCCUCCACAAAUGCUUAAUCAUAAUCUUUCAUGCACUAUAAGCCCGCUGUUGGAAAUCAUGUUAGGUAACCUUAACACAAUGGAAGCCAUUUCGCUAGAAAUGAAAAUCGGGGCUGAAGUGAAAAAGGAUCCUUUCAGCCAAGUCAUGACAGAAAUAGUGUGUUUACACAGCCUGACUAAAGAAGGCCCUUUCAAAGUAUUGAACAACUGCUACAUUUAUAAAGACACCAUCCAAGUCAAACUAGUAGACUUGAGUCAGAUGAUGUAUCUUGUUGUUGCUGCACUAGCUAAAGGUACUCAGUCACCAGCUGCCACCAUUUGGGAUUAUAUCCACAAAACCACCUCAAUUGGAAUUUAUGGGCCCAGAUAUAUCCAUCCCAGUUUCACGGCUAUUUUCACAGUUUGUGGACACAGUUAUAUGCCAGGAAAGCUUACAAUCUCUGAUAUUAAGAAGGGUGGAAAAAAUAUGUCUUCAGUUGUGUUUCAGCUGUGGGGAAAGCAUUCCUUCUUACUUGAAAAGCCACAAGAUUUAAGUAUUUCUGUCUUUUCUUGUGAUCCUGAUUUUGAAGUAAAGGUGGAAGGAAAAAGGAAAGAAAUUAAACAAAAGCAGUUGCAAUCAGGUCAAAUAGUUCAUCAACAAUUUUUAUUUUCUUUAGUUGACUCCAGAGAAAUGCACUUGUUUGUUUUCCGUGUUCAGGUGGAGCCUCCCAAUGGUGGGUUACUUACACAGUUCUUUAUCACUACACCUGAUCCAGCCCCAAACCUAAAAAGGCUCUCAAAUCUGCCAAGUGAUUUGCAGAAGGAGAAAGAAAUCAAGUCUGCUCCUUUAUUACCAAGUGUGCAUGUUAAAUAUCCCAAAUUUCAAGACACACAAUUGAACUUUACCAACUAUGGGGUAACCCUAAAGACAGUGCUAAGGAAAAGCAAAAUUGACUACUUACUCGAAUAUUUCAAAGGUGACACAGUAGCUCUUCUUGGAGAAGGUAAGGUAAAAGCCAUUGGGCAGUCCAAGGUGAAAGAAUGGUAUGUAGGAGUGCUGAGAGGUAAGAUUGGACUUAUACAUUGCAGAAAUAUCAAGAUGAUUGCAAAGGAGCAAAUAAUGUCUCUGUCAGAUAGUGUCUUCACAACCAGGAAUCUUCUUGAACAAAUUGCCCUGCCCUUUAAAACGCUGACUUAUAUCUAUUCAGUUGUAUUGACCUUGGUGUCAGAAAAAGUUUAUGAUUGGAAAGUUUUAGCUAAUGUCCUGGGUUAUUCACAUCUGAUGCUGGAAGACUUUGAUCAAAUACAAGCAGACAAAGAAUCAGAAAAAGUUUCUUAUGUUGUAAAGAAGUUAAAGGAAGAUUGUCAUGCAGAUAGAAAUACCAGGAAGUUUCUUUAUGAACUUAUUGUGGCUUUGCUGAAGAUUGAUUGCCAAGGGUUAGUAGCGCGUCUCAUCCAAGAGGCUGCUAUUUUGACUUCAGCUGUCAAGCUUGGAAAAAGCUGGAGGGAACUAGCUGAAAAGUUAGUACGACUCACAAAGCGACAAAUGGAGGUGUAUGAAAUUCCUCACAGAGGAAAAGCUGGAGAUGUUGCUGUAGAGAUGAUGUGGAAACCUGCUUAUGAUUUUCUCUAUACUUGGAGUGCUCACUAUGGAAACAGCUACAGAGAUGUAUUACAAGACCUUCAAUCAGCUUUGGACAGAAUGAAAAACCCUGUGACCAAACAAUGGCGAGACCUAACUGGAGCUUUAAUCCUAGUAAAUUCUUUAGAGGUUUUGAGAGCAACUGCAUUCUCGACUUCUGAGGAAGUAUAGAAGUGAAGGGUAUGUUUUUUGGAGGAGGAAGUAGGGGGAGAAUGGGGUGUGUGUGUGUGUUUGUGUGUGUGUGUGUGUGUAUGUAUAAGAGAAAGAAUCUCAUAGAACUAUUACUAAUUUUUGCUUGGAAAAGUAUGCUUUUCUGGUGAAAGCACAGCCUAACAAAGUCCAAGGAUGGGUUUUAUAAUCUAAUAUGUAUUUUUGUGUAUGUUUCAAAUGCAAACAUUAAGCUGCUUUGUUAUUGAGAAAGGAAAGAAAAACCUUCCCUCCCUUUCAAAACUGCUUUAAAUUUCUUGUAGUUAAAGCAAAUGACUGCUAACAUCACACAGAUACCCAGAUAAACUAGAGUUUCUCAAUAUUAACACUGGAAUUUUACCAGGAGACAGUAGGGAGAGAGGAGAAGCAAACACAUACUCUGUGGCCAGGCACAGGCCUGAAGGCUUUCUAUACCUGAUCCUUUUUAUUUCUCAGUGGUAUAUGCUAGCAUUAUUCCCAUUUUUCAUGUGAAGAAACUAAGGACUAGAGAGGAUGCUCAGGCCUAUGCAGACAGUGUGAAAGAGGUUUUCUGUGUGCAAAACCUGGUUCUAUUUUUUAAAAAAACAUAGCACAUACGAAUAUAGUAAAAAAAAUUUAAAUGCGUAUUAAAAUUUAUAGGAAAAUGGUAGCUAUUUCAUUUUAAUUAAAGCUUAACUGCCUUUGAAAGACUGCCAGAAAGAAAUAUGACUUAUCAGAAAUCUGUUGUCUGCAUCCAUAGACUGGAGUUUUCACCACCUUCCUCCAGCAUCUUGGGACCCAGUUAAUCCUGCCUAACUUAGACGUUUUCUUCAGGAUCAUAGUUCUUUAGUUUGCCAAGAUUUUUAAUAACAAAAGUAUUUUUUAGAAAACCUGUUUCAUUACUGUUAAGUACAGCAGUCUUAACCACCCAACUGAUGUUGGUGUGUGCAUGUUCAUGUGCUCAUGUAAAGACAUGUGUCUGUGUUUGUGUGUGUGCACCAGAGAGUUUUAUAAAGCUCUCGGGAAACAAAGAUUAUAUAGGAAUCUAGGUCGGUAUAAAGGCUACUGCUAGAGAGUUCAUAAAGAGAUGGUCUGUGCUGACUCAUAUGUUCAGUCCUCUGGCACCUACAGUGUUUAUGUGUUUCAGACAGUCAUUCAUUUAUUGUCGUUCAAUUGACAGGUAGAGUGUGUGUACCUACUCUGUGGCAGACACCUAGAUGCUCGAGGUUAAUAAUGGGGAGAAAACAACAUGAUCCUUGACUUCAGUACUGCUGAAGUGAUAGAGAUAACAAUAAAAAAAUUAUACAGUUAAAUCUAAAGUGGCAUCUGCAACACCAGCUGCAGUGGAAAGGCUGGGAUACCAAGAGAUAGAGAUAUAGGGGGGAGGAAGGGGACAUCAUAUGGAUCGGGGGAUCAGGUAAGUUUUCCCUGGGAAAGAAAUGAUGAGCCUAGAAGAGGAUCAGAUAUUGCUUCUAGUCUGGGAGGAUGGAAGAGACAGUUCCUCAAUGCACUGAAGCCCUCAGGCAGGAGUGGAGCUCAGGAGCUGUGGGGAGCCAGGGAGAAGGGCCUGAAAGGAUGAAGGAGUGAAGGAAGGAAAGACACGCCCUCAAAGGUAAUGUGGGUGAGCUGAAUAAGGAUUUUAUUUAGGCAUCCUGAAUAAAACAUGUCCAUUUGGCUAAAAAGUAAAAGCAGAAUCUUUUUAGAGCUUUUAAUACACCUACUCUGGGGUAUUUGGUAUGCUGGCAAAGGUAAUUUGAAUUAGGGUUUGAGAUUUUUAAGGCUUUUAAUAUUUAUAUUUGAUGAUACGAGAACAUAGCUGGCCCAAGGAGUUAUGUACACGCAUUCAAGGACAGAAUUUAUUUUAAUUGAAAAUAAAUACAGGGAGAAGAAAAAAAACGAUUUGUAAGUUCAGAAUACAGUCAUUUUUAGUGGUGAUUUUGCUUUUUUUAGAAAAUUCUUGGAAUCUUAUUAGCAUGUCAGCAAACCAGAGAAUUUCGGGAAGGGAUAAUAAGGAAUUAAUAACUGGGUUUUUCCAGGCUCUAAGAUCUGAGACGACAGAGAUUUUGUUAGCUGAUUAGAGUAGUAAGAUUAAAUAAAUCACUUCGGGUUUAUCACAUCAUGUGUUGUGAUUGUGGUUGGGAAGUUUAAGAAGAGUUCAAAAAAUGAACAGGAUGAUCUCUAUAAUUUAAGGAUGAAGCAAUGAUUUCAAUAUUAAUUCACACAAAGAUAUUUUAUAAUCUUGUAACAAAUGCUUUCAGAAGAACUUUAAACCCAUGUCCAAACAUUCUGUUCUUACAAAUAUAUUCUAAUAUUUUUAUAAAUCAUUUUUACUUUUCUGAAUUUUAUGUUUUUCUUCCUAUAAUGGAUUUCAUAAUCAGAAAAGAUUAAACAGUAGUCACGAAUUGCCUUUACAUUUGGCAGCAAAUCAAGGGAAUUAAUAAGGCACUUAAAUCCCAUCCUUGACAUCAUUAAAAGCAUCAGAAGCCAUUAAUCUCAAACGUCUUUAAACAUUUCAAAACUGGAAAAAGCAUAGACAGUUCUUUCAGUUCCUCAGGCUUUUCCCCUAAAGAUGUAUUAGGAUGAGAUUUUUGUUCAGUGCUCAGCUUGCAUUGUAACAAUUUUCUAUGUAAGCCUUAGAUCCUCUACUUCCUCCUGUUAAAUCCUUAAUAUGAAGGCCAAUUAAGGCCAUGCAAGCAAUAGUGAGUCAUUAAUUGUUCAUACUAAUCAUGAAUGCAGUGCACUUUCAUGUCCUGUAAUGUAGAAAGUACCAAAGGAAGUUUUGAACUUAGGGAUGACUUGGUUUCUGAAAGGAGCAGAGUGCACUGCAAUAAUGGAUAGUGUUGGUCUAAGAAUUGUUGCUCCUACUAAACAACUUUGAGUAUAUGAUAUGAAAAUACAAUAAAAAAAUUCAAAAUCAUACAAUGCUGUACAUAAUUGGAAGUUUCAAACUUUAAUUUUCAUACUGUGCUACAGUAAAUAAUAUUUUCUGUAAAUUUUAAUGUAUAAGGAAUACUUGAGACAAUAUACAGGAAAGGUAGAAUAAUAAAAAUUAUUUUUCAAGGCUUUUGUAAUUGAAGUAGAUUUUUUUUUCUUUUUAUAUAUAAACAUUCUUCUUCCUCCAUCUUCUGAGUAAGGUUUCUGUUGUGUGCUGCUGUAUGACUUAGUAAGUCAUUUUCCAAAGAUCACAUGUUCCUGUUAUGCUAGAUGGGGUUAACCCAAAGACAUUCCUCAGAAUAAUAAUUGUUUCAAGUUAGUUUCUUGCAUGCAUACUUACUAGCCCACAACACAAAAUAAAAAGUGACUAUGUAUACACAGGAAACUUGAAUUUGUACAUAUAUAGAAUCUGAUGUGUAUCUAAUAUUCAGCCGUCAAGAUUUCACUAAAACUUGUAGAAAUUUUUGGCAUUUGCAAAUAUAUUUUGCAUUGAUUUUAUGUUUAUUUGGAUCUAGUCUCAUGUAGCUUUGCCGUUCUGAAUAAUAGUGUCAGUUUAUACAUAAGGGAUGGGAAUGGAGAGAUCAGCCCUGGGUAGUAAUUAGUAAUGCCAAAGGAGAAUAUUCCAGUGUAAACACUGCUAUUGUACUAGUGACUACAGCAUGAAUGGCAUCUUCUGCAACAUACCAGUCCUGGAACUGAGAGCCGUGGCAUCUAAGCUUUGCCUGUUACUUCCUAAGAGAUUUUUGAUCUGUCACUCAGCCUCCCUGGGCUUCAGUUUUCUUGUCCGUAAAAUGAAGGGCUUGAACUGGGUAACCUCUAAAUUUCUAUUAGGCUUAAAUGUCUACGAAUGUAUAAUGAGUAGGAUAUUUUAUGUUUUUUGCAUAUUAGUUUUGCUAUGAGGAAAGAGAAUGUGAACUAAGACUAAAAGUUUGGACUACUACUUUAAAUGAUCUACAUCAUCUACAUUAAAAUAACGUUCCCUGUGUGUGAGGCAUAGCACACAUAGCACGCACACGUAAGCACACUAAGCACUUUACAGAUAUUAUCUCAUUUAUUACUUACAUAACCUAAUGAAACUAGUUCACUACGUGUACUAUUUUGAAUAGCUAAAAACCAUCAUCAACUAUUCAAAACAAACUGCGUGUGAGGACUGAGUCACAAGGUCAGCAGUGGCUUUUCUGGGAGCUACCGAGACACUCUUUCACACCUGCUCUAGUCUCACU